AUGUCAGCCUUUGUGCGACUGGGCUGCAUCGUUUUUCUUUCAUUUUCUUUUCUCGUAUCUGCCGUCCCGUUGAACGAACAUAAUGGCACCCAAUACACGACACCCAACGCCGUUAACAACCGACGAACCCGAGCCAUCGCGGCGGUGGUUCUGGCAUUCUCAUCUCUGAGUAUGACAGCUUCCCUGGUUGCCUUUUUCUGGGUUUGUCGCAUGGAAAAGCAAUUUCGCCACCGGCUUCUUAUGCUCGUGAUUUGCGGUGACCUGAUACGAGGAUUUUGUUUCGUUGUUGGAGCAAUUGUAAUGCUGGCUCGGGGACGUGUGGAAAGCACGUCGGCAUACUGCCAGUCGAGCGGGUUCUUCAUAGCGUUUGGGACGGAGACAAGUGAUUUUGCUGUUCUCAUGAUAGCGAUUCAUACCGCACUUCAGGUCUUUCGGCCCUCCGGUCAAGCACCUUCAGAAGGUCUGCAUCCGUACAAGUACUAUGUUUACGCAGGUGUCUUUUGCGCGCCCACAAUAUCAGCAAGCCUGGCUUUCCUCAACCCCCAAGGAGCGUAUCGCUUGCAGGGCGGCUACUGCUUGCUCCCAACCCGCCCGUUCUGGUACCGGCUAGCCCUGGCAUGGAUUCCGAGGUACUUUAUCAUAUUGGUCAUCAUCAGCCUUACCAUUGCGAUUUAUACAUAUGUUGGGUGGGAGUUUAAGAACUACAACGCAAUGAGCCGGAAACUGGGAUACACUUUGAACAAUGACCUCACUCGAACCAGUGUUGAUAUUCGCGCGUCUCAACCCAGAGCAUCGCUCUUUGUCGAUGAUUACGUGCCCAGCGAAGAAUUUGCAACCCGUCCCGCCAGUAUGAUGACCCAGCCAAAGAAUUCAGGCUUGCACUCACGACGCACUUCGACCACCUCUCAGAAACCUGUCACUGUACCGGAGCGUAGAUAUCCAGCCUCGUUGAACUGUAGCGAGCUUUGUGGAGCACCAGGACCAACAUCUAUCCUUGCCGCCUCCACCAGCCCCACAACUCCAGCCUUGGUGCGAAGCACACGACGUUUCCACGGCAAGCACAGCGGCCCGGGCCGGCCACCGCUAGUCUCUAUACCAUGUGGGCAGACUGUCGGACAGGUCGAAUAUGACGGCAGUUUACACCCAUGUGUGUCGUUAUCGCAUACGGAUAUACUGAGCGCCAGCACCCCGACGCUACAUGCCUUUCCGGGGGCUUCUAGCACGCCCGAACUUGCCCUGCUGGAGCCACCGUCUCCAGGAUUAAACCGCAUGAUUCGCCAGCGCGCACGCAUCCAUCGCCAACUACGCCUUACAUUCAUCUAUCCGAUAGUGUAUACUUUGAUGUGGGUGGCACCAUUUGUAUAUCACUGCAUGAUGUACGACGACCGUUAUGUGCAGAAACCGAUAUGGGCAAUAGGGUUAAUAAGUUCUUUUUGCAUUGUGAGCAUGGGCUUUGUCAAUUGUCUGGUGUUCUCGCUGCAGGAGAAACCGUGGAGAGGGAUAGCGACGAGCGACGGCACGCUCCUGGGCAGUUUUUUCGUUUGGAACGGAAGAAACGAUAGAUGGACCCGCCGAUUGCGUGGCCGAUCGCGGUCGGCUGGGGCCGGUGGGGCUCCGCGGGGCGAGGUGGCGCAACGUUCAUUAUCCGACGGGGGGUUGUAUGGACCCAGGCGGAGUAUAGGGUCGAGCGCGGGGUUCUGUGGGUAUUCGCGGGUUGAGAAGAAUUGGGCGAGGGAGAGGCUCGAGUGGGAGAGGCAAGAAAGAUACCGGGUGUUGCAGGAAAAAGCCAUGAAGGGAGACACGAGUAGUACACGGACGCAUUCGAUGUGCGAGAGCAGUUUCUGUGGAGAUGGCGAGCAUGACUAUGUGCAUGACGAUAACGAUGGAGGAGAAAUGACGGAUUGGAACACCGAGACUCGGGAUGAGGAGUUGAAAGGUUCGAAUAUACCCGCCAAAGGCAGUGAAACGAAUUCUUGA